UUUUUUUUCGCAAGGGUAUCUCCGGGGCUUGGUGUAAUUCUUUUUUUUCGCACUGCUAUUCCCAUGUGCUGGGGUAGGGUUUCUUUUCAAAACGGGUAUUUGGGCGACUUUACGGGAUGCUUAUCUAUUUGAUCUGUUCUCUUCUUUCACUUGCUUUUCAUGUGCUUGCCAUGAACAUGGAUUUUAUGUACCCAGAGACGUUUGCUUCAACACUGGGUUUGUUAUUUUAUCACUUCUCUUUUUUCCUACGAUCGAAUUUCCCCUCAUCUCAUUUUGUUCUUAUCGCAUGCUGAUUUACAUGCGUCGAAUUUGUAUGUCAAAAUGAACACUAUCCUACUAUUUCAUUCCACUUUUCUUUA